AUCGAAAGAAACCCCGAGUUACUAUUUACCCAAACAAAAGCAAAUCGAAGAGAAGAAAGAGCCGAGCAACGAUUUCGAAGAUAGAAAAAGAUGGCAGAGGUGGUUGAUGAAAUUAGGGAAGGCAAAUGUUUGUUAGCAGCAGACACAGACAAAAAAGAAACAGAUUUAUCAUAUUCAUCAUCAUCAUCUGGUGAAGAAGAAAAAGAAGAUAAUGAUUAUGACUCUCAAGAUGAAGAUGAAGAUGAAGAUGACAACGAUUUUAUUCUUGUUGAAGAUGAAAGGAUAACCAAAUCAAGGGAACUUAAAGCUAGCCUACCAGUUUCAGAUUCAUCCGAUGAAGAAGAUGAUGAAUAUGAACAAGACUGGGCCAUUGUGAACAAACAACUUAUUGAAACUGAUGGUUUUCAUGUUGAUUAUCUUCCUAAUCAACACAAAAGGAACUGGUAUCAGAAAAUCUUGGGCAUUUCUUCUUGUAAAUAUGCUAUUGAUGCAGCUAAUUUAGCAAUUGCUGAAUAUAACAAACUCGAGGGUGCUAAUUUGGAGCUUAGGGAGAUUAUAAAUGUGAUGUAUGAGAUGACUGGAGGAUUAUAUUAUGCUCUUACACUCCAAUGUACGGAUGGAAAGUAUUACGAAGUUAAGGUCUUAAAAUUGGGUCCCAAAAUUGAUUUGGAAAUGUUUAGGCCUGCUAAACAUUAUCCAAGGCCAACAACAACCACAACAACUACUUCAUCAUCAGAAGAAGAAUCAGCAGCAGCAGCCUCCAACUAGAACAAAGACUUUGUUUAGUGCUAUUUCGAUGUUGUCAUUUCGUUUUGGAGUGUAGGAAGUUAUUACCUUUUUCAUCUUUAGUUUUUGUCAUGGAUAUUUUAUUUCUUGCUAUAUUGCUGGUAGAGUUGGGAAGAAAAUAAAAAAGGUUUAGGAGACAUGAAUUGAGUUGAAGAAUCAUAAAAAGAUGAACCUUGAAUUCAUAAUCGAAAUCGUUAUCAA